CUUUCUCUUAAGUGUGUUUUAUUACCUUGCUGAACUUAACACAACUGAGAAACAUACAUUCUAACAUUUGGAAGUAAGGGGUUCUACCUAACAAUUUUGCCCAGGUUCCAUUAAUUCCAGCUACCUUGGUGAAAUACAGAAUACUAAGUGUUGGAUUUGAUGAUCUAAUAGUUAAUUACUGUCUCAAGGUUUAAUGAUACUGUGAAACUUCCUUUUCUUUUAAGAAGGCUUUAUCAGAUACCGACAGACAAAGACACAUCCUUCCCCACAGCCUGAAAAAUCACAGCACAAACCAUCUAAUCAAGCCACAACAGUAACUUUUGUAAAGACUAUUAAUGCAUGGACAAACUACAAAAAACCUUGUAAGAGUACACUUCAAGAUUCUGAGGGAACUUUGCAUUGGGAUACAGACAGUGACAGCAACCUCUCAAUGUGGCAGCUUCUUCCUGAUGAACUGUGGCUGUGCAUCUUCUCAUUUUUGUCCCAGAAAGAGCUUUCUCAGGUUGCCCAGGUCUGCCACCGUUUCCACUGCCUUGCCAGGGAUGAGUCCUUCUGGGGGCAGAUUCAUAUUGUAGACUGCCAUUGCUUAAAUGAUGAGUGGCUGAUCAGACUUGGGCUCCAUCAUCCACAGUGUUUUUCUCUGUACCAUUGCCAUGAUGAAACCUGGAGGAUUACUGAGGAGGGGUUAAAGCAGUUCUUUCAGCACUGCAAAGAGUCUCUUAAGGAAUUGAAUAUAACAAGCUGCAGUGGUCCUACACUGAGAGGGGACAUAAUUUUAUACCAUGCAAGCACCUUUUGCAACAAGCUGACCUCUGUGGAUAUAAGCUGGACAGGAGCCACUGAUUUAGGAAUUAUUGCUCUGGCAGAAGCUUCUGUAAGCCUCCAGAGCCUUUCUGCAAAUGGAUGCCAAAUUACAGAUGAUGCUGUAAAUGCCUUGAUUGAAAAACAUGGGAAAAGACUCAGUAAAAUAGAAGUCUUUGGUUGCCAUGCUCUAACUGCGAAAAGCCUGAGUUCCAUAGCUGAAGAGUGUCCAAAUCUGCAGACACUGAACAUUGGCAGAGUCCCAGAGGUUACUCAUGUCUGUCUCUCAAACAUAGUGAAGCACCUGAAAAAGUUAUCUGUACUCAACGUAACUGGGCUCAGUGUGGUGAGAGAUUGCGUUGUCCACUUUAUUGUGACACAGUGUCCUAAGUUGGAGUCUCUGAUUCUCAGCUCCUGCUCACAAGUGACAGAUCUAAGCCUAGUGGAAAUUAGCACCUACCUGCAAACAAUCAGAUAUCUUGAUGUUAGCAGCUGUAAAAAGGUGACAGAUAUAGGAGUUCAGGCUUUGGCAGGGAGCUGCCACCAGCUUUAUUAUCUUGAUCUGAGUUCAACAGGAACAAGCAAGAGAGGGGUAUGCUUGUUGGCCAGCUUCUGCCAUAGCAGUCUGGAAUGUGUGAAGCUCAAUUUUUGCAAGAACAUCACUCUGGAUGCAGUUAAAAAGCUUUGUAAAAAGUGUAAGAGGCUAAAGAUGCUUCAUCUUUAUGGUUGCUGUUUCAGCCGCGAUUGGGAAUCCAUUAAAGAAAUCAGUAAAACAAUAAAAGUGUUUCAUGAUCUCUCUGCUCCAGCAAUUAACAUUUUAGUUGAAUGAGGAACUACACCUAUCACUAUGGACAUUUCUGGCUUGUAAAUAUGACACUGCUGCAGCAAAGGGAUGCUGUGUCAGUUUGUCUUCUACAUUUUAUGCUGUAUGAUCCAAAAGCUGACUCCUUUUGCUUUCUUUUAUGAGUCACUUCAUUUCUUUAUCUCAGAUACUGCAGGACACUUCUGGUAACACCGUAAUAGUGCUUGUAUCCCUUGUAGGGAUACUAUGAGGUGUAAUUCUUGCAAUUCAUCUUAUAGUUAAAAAGAAUGAAGAUACAAUCCACAUGGCGAAUAUUACUAAAUGUGUUCUCUUUUAACUUUUAAUUGAAAAGAAUAAAGAGCCAAAUUCUGUAGUGAUGUAAGCGGUGGUAAAAGGUAGAAAGCAGAUGGAACUUGGUCAGAAAAUGGUUUUAAUUGUCGAAGGAAUACAAUUCACAUUGAUCUAGAAACUAGUGACUACACACUGUUGGUGUUCUCUAAGGACUGAUUUCAAUACUUGUGUAAGAGGCUGCAAAUCCUAUUAAAGCUGCCUAAAAUGGGAAUGGGGCAGGAAAUGAAGCUCACAAAGCAGGAGCAAUAGCAGCCUGAAGAACACCGUAUGCUACUAUACACUGCUAACCACAUCUCAGCACCUACAUCUGCCCUACUCAGGCUUUCAUUACUCCCUUUUACUUAACACAUGACUUGCAGCAUGUAAAACUUCCACUACUAAUAGUAAUUGGAGGCGAUAGUUUGGCAAGGGGCUAGUUGAAUUGCGGAAGAAUUUGGCCGCAACAAUGAUGUCUGUUCUGUGAUACUGUGUCUGCAUUUGUGGGUGGAAGAAUACUAUGGUAACUACUCUGGCUAGCUGCUAGCUGAAGAAUGAAACCAAGUCAGUGGUCUGGGCACCAGGGCCUAAGACAAUCGGCCCCUUUGGCAUACCUUACUCAAAACCUUGGAGUUGUAUUUGUAGGACUGCGAAUAUUCACGGCUGCAACUGAAGCUAAUGGGACUGGUGGUGUUAUGAGGUGUUUACAAACUUUGAAAAAUUCCAUUGUAAGGACUUAUACACUGGCCACAGUUCUGGUGGAGUGUAUGGGAGUGAGCAUACAAAACCCACUUUAGUCUGCAGAUGUACUCCUGAGAAGGAAGUUCUGUGUGGCUGCUCUGAAGUCUUCCCUAGCAUCCAUACUCAGACCUCCUGAAGAUCAAGACCUUUAGAGUUGGGAGAUGGAAAUAAGCAUAGAGAAGACACAUGGACACACUUCUGGCCCUGAAGUGUGCCAGCAGACUUGGGUGAUUCAGUCACUGUGAAAUAUUCAGAGAACAUAUUGAUAACCGCUACAAGAAAACUAAAUAUUCUGAGAGUUGGGAUUGAAGGGUGUGCAGGAUAUUAUGAAUAAUGCCUGUGUGUGCAUACUGAAUGAUAAGAUAACAAAAUACUGAAUAGCUGCUUAUUAUGUGAAUAUGGUUCACCCUGUGCACUGAAUGGGGCAAUUUUAUUUCUGGCACGUCUUAACUGUUAAGCAAUUGGGUUUGGAAGCUUAACAAGAGUCUAUUACUGUAGUUA